CCCCAAUGGAUCACAAGUAUGUAUAAAUCCUACCUGCAUACCUCCUCCUUAUAUAAUUCGAUUUGUUCGAUGUUGGGCAUUCAUCUUUUGCGCGUUUUAUGGGAUCGAUAUCCUUUUUAGAGCGUUUAGAGCUUUUCUGUUCCUACCUAGACUGCCCGGGCCUUUGGCCUCACAGCGUCUUUGCAGAUGAGCUCCACGACGACAACACCACCUUCUACACGUGUCCAAAUCCAUCAAGCCGCCGUUCUUGCAUUGAGGGCUCGUGCCUUAUUGACGAUUGCAUCUAGGCCAGAGUUGAGUUCAUUGAUUCGCGCUGCCGAGGCUCGGGAGGAUGACGCGCUUCCGCCGGAGCGUCCGGCCAAACGAUUGAGGCUCGGGCCUGGAGCAGAGGCCUCGAGCCUCACCAGAUGCCUUGAGAGCCAAGUUUUCCCCUACGUCGACUCGGCCAUCGCGGCCUUGCCGAAAGACAGAGUGAAUACGCUCGAAAUUGGAAAGCGAGUAAGUGCAGCCCCAGUGCAGCCCGGUGGCCCUUGCCUGACGCCCAUUGCCUCUCUCCGCCUACCCUAUCUUUUUCAAUUCUUUUCUCAACGUUGUGCUUCUGCCAGAUCAUAGCAAUCUUGACCGGCCCGGAAUUCACGACUGAAUACAAACGCGGCAAUGGGAGGCUCAGUGCGGAGUACGAAGCCAAGUUGGCCCUACGCGCGUCCAUGGAAGCGCGGUCGCUCUCCACCCAGACUGUGCGCG